AUGUUGAACGACUCGGUAACCACCGAAGGUAAGGUGAAUACUAUGACAACUGAAAAUAAUACCUCAUCAAUCAACAUCAACCAAUCCGUGGACCUAAAAGCAUCCCAUUUACUAAGUGGCACAAAGAAAUCUGACGAAAUGGGAGAUUUUGCACCAAAAAAGAAUGGUGAGAAAUUUAACACCGGCAAUGAUGGCUAUCAUGCUUUGAAAAAAGAGACCACCUCUAGCAAAAGCGAUAAUGUUUCUAUACGGAAUGGAUUGCCAUCUGCGUCAUCAACAAAUACACCUGGGUUGAAGAUUAUCACAAGUAUACCUUCAACAACUUUCAAAUCACAACAAGUCCCUAUUUGUAAGAAUUGCUUGACAUCUACUACGCCAUUAUGGAGACGUGACGAAAGUGGCGCAAUGCUCUGUAAUGCUUGUGGGUUAUUUUUAAAGUUACAUGGGAGAAAUAGACCUAUAAGUCUGAAGACUGACGUUAUUAAAUCUAGAAAUAGGAAAUGUACGGGGAGUAAUCACGAUAAUCAUGAGGAUCAAGAAACGAAAUGUGGUUCACAAAUAAAAAAGUAUUGCUUUGCUGAGAAGAAAAGAAAAUCCUCAAGUGCUAGCCCCAAUAUAAAUGAUACCAUAAAGAAAAACAAACCUAAUCAUAAUGAUAAUAUUGAUGUUAUACCUAGUAUAGAUUCUGAAUUAGCCGCCACUUCAAAGACAUCUUACAAGAGAGGCAUGCCCCUAUGCUGGAGAGAUUCCAACAACCGAUGUGUGGUCAAUCCAAGCUUUUACAAUAACUCCGAGUUAACCUCCCGCCAAAAUAUGCAUCAUCCACCAAGCAAAAAACUUCCUGGCCUUUCAAGCAUACUAUGUAAUACCGAUAGAACAGCCAGUAACCUAUCAUGUGAUAGCGAGAGAUUAUCGAAUGCCUCUGGGUCCAUCGUAUCCCCACCUAAUAUCUUAAACCAUAGCUCGCCACGACCUAGUUUACCUCAAUUACCUGUAACUUCUAUCAAAGAAACGCUAAAAUGUGAUGCUUCUUUUCCAACUCAGAAUACAUCCGUCAUAACAUCGCCGUCUUUACCGAUGAAAGAUGUUGAUUGUACUAAGGUGAAACAACAAUCCCCCGAUAGUUAUCAUCUCGACAAAAAUCUUCCGCUGAGUAUUACUUUGCAAAAUGAGGAAGAAAUGAUUAAACUAAAAGCACGUAUAACCGAAUUAGAAUUAGUCACAGAUCUUUACAGGAGACAUAUUUUCGAUUUAGACGAGAAAUGUCGAACGUUGGAGGCAAAACUACAAAUGAAAAACAAUGAAAAACAAUGA